UUUGUUGGGUUGUUAUUUACUCGUAUCAUCCCUAUUCCGCCUACGUUUUUACACAAAAAUUUAAAAAAUAAUUAAGUAAAACAAAGAGUUAAGAGCUCGCAUUUAUAUGUAUUACUAAUCACUUCAUAUUAGUAAUGUCGCUAGUGGAGGCAUAUCGGUCGAACUGGCUGAUAGCCACUUUUGGAUGCAUACUUCUAAUUGCUGGACUCUCUGUCCUCUCCUGGAAUGAAGGCCGAGCGGUGCACAGAACUUUGUCACUAGAUGAAGCUUUGAACGAUGCAAUAACGCUGGAUUCUAAUGACGAAUUAGAUUACAACUAUAAUGGGCGCAUAGUGCAUUUAACCGGUGCCAUAGUGAUUGGAGAGCCACUUACCGAACCAGACUAUAAUAUUCAAGUUUUAGCGGUAAAGUUGAAGCGACGAGUACAAAUGUUCCAGUGGGUAGAAGAGACAGUUGAACAUAACUACGGUGAGAGUAUUGCGUCUGUACAAACCGAAAGUCGCUCGUAUUAUUACUAUACGGAAUGGCGCGAUAAAUUAAUUGACUCCCGAAAUUUUUACAUACAAACUGGUCACCAAAAUCCUAAUCGUUUCCCCGUGGAAAGUCAAACGCAAAUCGCCGAUGCAGCGUUUAUAGGAAAAUACGAGUUGGGUAGCGAAAUAAAAAAUAAAUUUACAAACUAUGUGGAGUUAACAUCAGACACAAGGCCAGAAGAUCCUACGAUCAAAAUGCAUUUAGGACUCUACUACCACACGAACGAUGUUUUCAAUCCGGAAAUAGGCGACACACGCUUAUUAUUUUCUUUUGCUGGAAUGGAGGGUGAAGUAUAUACUGUAGUUGGGAAAUUGGCGAAUAACAAAAUAUUACCAUACCGCACUAGUAGAGGAGUUGAUGUUCUGCUCGUAUACAGCGGUGAACUCGGUCUAGGUGAAGUAUUUAAGUUGGAGCAUCAUGCCCAACGACUAACAACAUGGGGCUAUCGCUUUAUGGGUUGGGUACUUGUUUUCUUCGGUGUAACUUGCACAUCUACACUUUUACAUAUUAUUCUAAGUCAUAUUAAUUUUCUCGCCGCAUUGGCGCCGGAUCCACUCUUUCCCGUUGGCGCCAACCUAUUUCUGUCACUUUCAAUCGCCUUGAUCAUUGCUUCCAUCGCUUGGAUAUUGCAUCGGCCAAUGAUUGGAGCUAGUUUAUUAUUUGCUGCCGCCUCACCAUUUGUGUGGUGUGCUCGUAGUGUAGCAAAUUACCAACCCAUGAAUUAAAAGUUUUGAUUUAGUUUUUAAAGUUGAGCAACUGCCACAUUUUCAUACUAGUCAUUAGAAUAGAUGAAUAUUAGUUAAAAGCAAUAAUUUGUGUUAUUUGUACAGACUAUGUGCAUACAAACAUACGUAUAUGUAUAAUACUUACGGUGACCAUUCGUCCAGUAUUAUACGGUACAGUCCUAUUUUUUGACCAAUUAGUUCUGGCAUAAAUAAAAAUAAAAUAAAUUUAUACGGGACGCCAAAUUUUCUCUAUUUCUUUGAAUGCCCUGUAUUUGUCACGUAAUCGGGGUUCGGUAUUUCGACGCCUUCAAAUCUCAUUAAGAUUACAUGUCUAUAAACCAGUUUUAAAUGAUGUUGGAAUACGAUCCAUAUGAUCCAUAAACAGUUAUUAUUUUCUAAUCUGAAUGCAUGUGCUUCAAAACGAGGAACACAUACAGCGAUCAAAAUAUAAAUUAGGAUUCUACAUUUUAGCAAGGUUCGGCUAUUUUUCUUUUGUUUAUUCAAUUUU